UAAAGGUGUUGCCAAAAUUAUCAAGCACCAAUAUCUAGCAGUAUAGUUUCAGUGGUCCUUUAUUUAAUCAUCGAAUUUUUUGGCUCACAUGCCACAGCUUGUAUCUUAUUUUAUCACACUUCAUUGUUGUUCUAACUUUAGCAAUUACUGUUUAUUACUUUAAUAAUAUCGUCAUGGUGUCGAUAAACGUUCCCAUUAUUUGGGUCUUGGGAGGUCCAGGUUCUGGAAAGGGAACUCAAUGUGAUAAAAUUGUCGAAAAAUAUGGUUACACUCAUCUUUCAAGUGGCGAUUUACUUCGCAAAGAGGUAAAUAGCGGCUCAGACAGAGGAAAAGAACUCAAUGCCAUAAUGGAAAGAGGUGAAUUGGUACCUGUUGAAGUGGUGUUAGACCUUUUGAAAGAAGCAAUUCUAGAAAAUUUGCCUCAUUCAAAGGGCUUUCUUAUAGACGGAUAUCCUAGAGAAAAGAGCCAAGGUGCACUUUUCGAGAAAAACGUUUCCCCUGUCACCGUUAUUCUUUUUUUCGAUGCAUCUGAAGACACUUUGACAAAAAGGUUACUGCAUCGAGCAGAAACGUCUGGAAGGGCUGACGAUAAUGAAGAAACCAUAAAAGCGAGAUUAAAAACGUUUAACGAAAACAACAACGAAGUUAUUAGCCAAUACCCUGAUAAAUUAAAAAGGAUACAAGCAGAAGGAACUCAGUAUAGUUUCAGUGGUCCUUUAUUUAAUCAUCGAAUUUUUUGGCUCACAUGCCACAGCUUGUAUCUUAUUUUAUCACACUUCAUUGUUGUUCUAACUUUAGCAAUUACUGUUUAUUACUUUAAUAAUAUCGUCAUGGUGUCGAUAAACGUUCCCAUUAUUUGGGUCUUGGGAGGUCCAGGUUCUGGAAAGGGAACUCAAUGUGAUAAAAUUGUCGAAAAAUAUGGUUACACUCAUCUUUCAAGUGGCGAUUUACUUCGCAAAGAGGUAAAUAGCGGCUCAGACAGAGGAAAAGAACUCAAUGCCAUAAUGGAAAGAGGUGAAUUGGUACCUGUUGAAGUGGUGUUAGACCUUUUGAAAGAAGCAAUUCUAGAAAAUUUGCCUCAUUCAAAGGGCUUUCUUAUAGACGGAUAUCCUAGAGAAAAGAGCCAAGGUGCACUUUUCGAGAAAAACGUUUCCCCUGUCACCGUUAUUCUUUUUUUCGAUGCAUCUGAAGACACUUUGACAAAAAGGUUACUGCAUCGAGCAGAAACGUCUGGAAGGGCUGACGAUAAUGAAGAAACCAUAAAAGCGAGAUUAAAAACGUUUAACGAAAACAACAACGAAGUUAUUAGCCAAUACCCUGAUAAAUUAAAAAGGAUACAAGCAGAAGGAACUGUCGAAGAGAUUUUUGCCAAUGUGGAAGCGAUUCUAGAUAAAUUAUAAAAU